CGCCCCGCCCCUCUCUCUGGAAAACGCUUUGGCUGCACGACGUGCUGACACCAGGUCAUUCUCUGUUUCAGCCUCCAUCCGCCCAUCUUCCUUUGGCUUGUUUUUCACACCUCCGGCAUGGAGCUGGACCGCCGGCUGCUGCUAAUCCACUGCGCCGCCCACGCCCUCUCGGUCGCGGCGGGGCUCCUGGUGGUCGUCCCGAUGGCUCUUAACGGCUCGGCUUUCAAAGGCCGCUGCGCCCUCUUCUCCAGCGGCUACUGGACGAAGGAAGAGCGGGCCGAGCCUGCGGAACAGCCCGGGGAGCUGUCUCACCUGGUGGUGCAGCGGUGGGGCCCGCUGGAAGCGUGCCAGCUCGCCACCUUCGUGGGCAUUUUCACGACGCUCUACGGCGCUGCGCAGGGCUGGAGGUGCCUCUUCUAUCUGCACGGACGGCAUGACGACACACUGUUUUCAUCCUUCCUCACAGUCCUGCUGAGUGUCUGUGUGCUCUUCCUGUCAGCUGGGGCCAGCGUCAUCUUGUCUCUGGGAUUCAGCUCCUGGUGCGACACAGUCACCGAUAACAACACACGUCCGUAUAGUUGUGCAGAGUCCCAGUCUGUCCUUCUUUACCUGGACGUCAACACCUCUACUUUCUACACAGAUUUCAGUUUGGCACAGGCGUCUCUGUGGUUCGUGACAGCUCUGUGGCUGCUUCACUCCAUCCUGGCCUUCCUGCGGCUCUUCCACUCCCACAGACAGCACAUCCCCAGGCCUUGGCUGCACCGAGACAAGGAGCUGCUGCUGGGACACAGCCCGUCUGACGGCGGCUCCCCGACGCCUCCUCUUCCCCCUGCCACCCCAACUGUCUGCGUCUGACAGUGAGGUAGUGACGCGGCUCCUCGCAUUUGACUCCGCCGUUUUAUAUUUCAGCCUCAUUCUCUUCAUUACGACCACUUGUGAUGUCUACGCUGCACACGUGACUGUUUACAUACCUCACCUAAAUCAGCAAGGGGCCUGACCUCUAAAUUAUAUUGAUUGAUUAUCAGCCGAUAAGCGUCAAGAAACCGCAGCAGAGAAACGCCAAAGAUAGUGUGUCGUUGCUAUUAGCAUCAUUUCCCCCAAGAAAUGUAACAUGAAAAGAAAUAGCAAAAUUCUUUUCUUAUGCAUUCCCUGUCAGGCUGAUUUAAAAUUAAAUGGUCAUUCUAAUCAUGUGAGGUGACAAUUUCUUUUUAAUUGUAAUGGCAAAAUGUUAUUUAUUCCUCUGCAUGUUAAAAGUAUUUUAAUUUCGUUUUUCUAUGCCCGGUUUGUUUGUUCUUUAGUUUGCUCUGAGACAUGCAUCUAAACAAGAUUCAGUAUGAAUAUAGAAUAUAGCAUGGGACUUAUCUAGAGUUAAAGGAACUGUGACAAGAAAACUCUACAUGCUUAAAAUUAAUAAUUUAAAAAAUUGUUAAGAUCAUGUGGCUUCUUAAAAAUGCUGUUAAUUUACUUUCAACUUUGCUUAAAUUUAGCAUUUUAAUAGGCUUUUGAUUUGAAUAACUAUCCUAUGAAGGUGAAAUUAUCAAAAUGUUGAUAUCUUUUAUAGACAUGCAGAUUAUU